AGAGCGAGAAAGACCAGAAAAACACGACCCAGUCUCGCUCUCUCUCUCUGAGUCAUGUUCACAAGCCUCGCGAGUUCAAAACUGGUGCCCAUCCUUCAGGAAACUGAUUCUUCAGAGUGUAUUCCCUACCUUUGACUUUAAAUGACUGGACCGUUCUUCGACUUUUGCAUGUAAGUUUUUUUGGUCAGCGAUGAGCGCGUCUGCAGGGACUGGGGCGUUCGUUCUGUCCUUGAUGUCCAUUCCGAUCUGCUAUAUAUUCAACACUCUCAGUUCCAACAACAGUUUCGACGCUUUCGUCUUUGCUGGCUGCACAUCUCUCAUCAUUCUGGUCAUUUCAGUGCGCUUUGUCCUCCAGAAGACCAAUUCCCUGGAUCCUCUGUUUUAUGUGUAUGGUGUCCACGCCUUCCUCAGUGUGGUGAAUCUGAUCAUUGGACUGGAGCAAGACAACAUCAUCGAUGGAUUUGUCACUUUUUACCUCAAGGAGGCCGACCCACACAUCAACACGGCGCAUGGCCACAUGAUCGCCUACUGGGACGGAUGCGUUCACUAUCUCAUGUACCUCCUCAUGAUUGCUGCGAUAACAUGGGGGCAAGUAAAAUUUCUACGCACACCAGGCACAGUCUGUUCUACAAAGGAUCAUGGCAAAGUUAUUCAUGACUCCUCAGGGACAACUAUAGAGCCAUUGGCCUCUACUGGGUGGGGUCUUUCCUCACGCAUGCCAUCGUCUACGUCCUUGGAAAUGCUGUGGGAAAACAUGGCACAGAACCAGCCCAACUCGGAGGAUGAAGAGCAGACGAUCACCCUGAAUGCUGCGGACAGGAGUUUGACCCGAAGACCUCUGGAUGUACUGUUUAUUAUCUAUCUGGUUCUAGCUGUGAGCUUCUGCGUCUUCAGAGGGCUGAUUGUCCUGGACUGUUCCACUCAGUGGUGUCAUGACUACACACAGCAGUAUGAGCCGUACCUGAAGGACCCUUCUGCCUACCCCAAAGUGCAGAUGGUGGCCAGCAUGCUCUACUCAGGCCCGUACUAUGUCAUCGCGCUUUAUGGCUUGCUGGUCCCAGGAUGUGAGUGGAUGCCUGAUCUCACUCUGGUACACUCUGGAGCUGUGGCUCAGGCGCAGUUCUCCCACAUGGGGGCCUCUCUGCACACAAGGACUCCUUUCUCCUACAGAGUACCUGCUGAUGGCCAGUCUGUCUUCUUGCUGCUCAACAUUCUCUACGCUCUGAUUCCUCAGGUUCUGUGCUACCGUUGCUCCACAAACCCUGAAUUCUUUCGCAAGCUCACAGCAAAAAAGAAAGCGGAGUAACAAAGAAAUUACCAAGGUGGAUCUUUAAUGUUAUCCCUGCUGAGAGGAGGCGCUUCAAUUUUAAUGGGGCAGUCGGGUGUAAACGUGAUGAGAGCUUCCAUCUUUUCAUUGGUGCUUCUCGUCCAGAUGUCUGGGUGUAGCCAAAAUGUGUCUUUAGUAGUUUUGCGUCUGUGGAUGCAGAUGAAAUCGGACAAGAGUGUAAUGCCAUGUUACUUCAAUUCUCGUAAUAAAUG